AUGAGGGGAAUGAGUACUGGUGCAGCGCAAGGUCAACAAGUCCUGGUGCAGCGCAAGGGGAACAAGUUCCGGUGCAGCACGAGGUCAACAAGUCCUGGUGCAGUGCGACGGGAACAAGUCCCGGUGCAGCAUGAGGUCAACAAGUCCUGGUACAGCGCGAGGGGAACAAGUCCUGGUGCAGCACAAGGUGAACAAGUCCUGGUACAGCGGGAGAUGAACAAGUCCUGGUACAGCGCGAGGGGAACAAGUCCUGGUGCAGCACAAGUUCUUUUAAAAUUACUGACAACUGUUUUAUUUUACAGUGUACAGUUAUGUCGCAGUCUUUCUGAAAAUCGAGGCUACAAUGAUGUAACAUUUAAAGAUAUUCAACAAGUUUUAUACGAGUUGGCGUGGCAUGUUAUAAAGGGCAAUCUAAAACAAGAACAAGCUGCCAGUGCGCUCAGUGAUGUAAUGGAACUUCGAGAUGAUAUGUCAUCCAUCCUGGCUGAUGUUUUCUGUGUUCUUGAUAUUGAAACAAGUUGUAUGGAAGAGAAAAGUAAAAGAGAUCAUUUUACUCAACUGGUUUUAGCAUGUUUGUAUUUGGUUUCUGAUACGGUUCUGAAGGAACGACUUGAUCCAGAGACAUUAGAAUCUCUUGGACUUGUAAAGCAGUCACAGCAGUUCAACCAGAAAUCUGUCAAAAUCAAAACCAAACUAUUUUAUAAGCAGCAGAAGUUUAAUUUGUUACGAGAAGAAAACGAAGGUUAUGGAAAGCUUUUUACUGAACUGGGCCAAGACUUAUCUGGAAACCUCACAAGUGACUUAAUAUUAGAAAACAUCAAAUCACUUAUCGGUUGCUUUAAUCUGGAUCCAAAUAGAGUUUUGGAUAUUAUCCUAGAAGUUUACGAAUGUAGGCCAGAACACGAUGACUUUUUUGUACCUUUGAUAGAAUCCUACAUGUGCAUGUGUGAACUGCAAACUCUUUGUCAUAUCUUGGGAUUCAAAUUUAAAUUUUAUCAGGAACCAAAUGGAGAAACACCAUCUUCACUUUAUCGGGUAGCUGCGAUACUACUACAAAACAACUUGAUAGAACUUGAUGAUCUUUAUGUGCAUCUUCUUCCACUGGAUGCCAAUAUUCUAGAACACCACAAACGUGAAAUCUUUGAAGCAAAGCAAAUUGCACGAAAGCUUACCCUGGUAGUACUCUCUGCAGAUAAGCCAGAUGAGAAAGAGAAGGAAAAGGAGAAAGAGGAAGAAAAGAAUGAAAAACCCCCUGACAAUCAGAAACUUGGGUUGUUGGAAGCUCUUCUAAAGAUUGGUGAUUGGUAUCAUGCACAGUGUAUCAUGGAUCAAAUACCACCUUUUUAUGCCACCUCUCACAAAUCUAUAGCACUUGCUCUCUGCCAGUUGAUUCAUGUCAUCACAGAACCCUUAUAUAGAAGAGUUGGUGUACCAAAGGGUGCCAAGGGAGCUGUAAUUCCAUCACUUAAAAAUGAAAGGGCUCCAAAACCAGUAGAAACUUUUGAAGACUUAAGAAAAGAAGUUUUCAGCAUGCUGUGCUACCUUGGACCUCACCUGUGGCAUGAUCCUAUCUUGUUUGCAAAAGUGGUUCGAAUAGGCAAAGCAUUCAUGAAAGAGCAUUCAUCAGAUGGCAGUAAGCCAGAGGACAAGGAAAAAAUGGUUUCUGUGGAAACAAUUCUGCUAUAA